GGCUAAAAACCAACCGGAGCGGCCUGUGUGCUGGGGGACACAGAAACGUCAUCGUGCAGCACCGAUCACAAGAAGAAGAAGAUGAUGAUGAUGGUGUUUGUAUUUAGCAUGAACCGGAAGUGCUUGUCCCGGCGCUAACGCGGGCGGGGAGGUCAGAGCCCAGGCGCACCCUCAGCAUGGGAGACACCCGCGUGGACUGUAACGUGGUCUUCCCGGAGCCUCACCUUUCAGAGAGAUACUGGCGCGGAUCGAAGGAGCCCGUGGUUCUCCUGCUGGGCUGGGCUGGCUGCAGAGACCGGCACCUCUCCAAGUACAGCUCCAUCUACAACCGGAAGGGAUGUGUCACUGUGCGAUACACUGCCCCCUUGAGGACAGUGUUUAUCUCAGAAUCGUUUGGAUACAAGGAACUGAAAAGCAUUGCACACAAGCUGCUUGAGGUCCUGUACGACUACGAGGUGGAGAGCAACCCCGUCCUCUUCCACGUGUUCAGCAACGCCGGCUUCAUGCUAUACCGUUACAUGGUGGAACUCCUGCGGAGCCAGAAGCAGUUUGACUCCUUGUGUGUGGUGGGCGCGGUCAUGGACAGUGCUCCGGGGAGUCAGAAUGUGCCAGGUGCCCUGCGGGCCCUCAGGACCACGCUGGGCCCCGACGUCCACGUGUUACUACGCUACACCUUCCUGGUCCUGUUCGCCAUCAUGGUAGUCCUGCUCCGGGUCGUCCUGUAUCCUAUUACCAAGUACUUCCACAAGAACCACUACGAUGCUCUGUUGGAGCGUCCAGCCCCCUGGCCCCAGAUGUACCUCUACUCCCGCGCUGAUCGCGUGAUCAGACACGCGGACGUGGAGCGGAUGGUCAGGGUGCUCCAGGAGAGAGGGCUGUCCGUGGAGAGCUUCGACUUCAUCGCGCCGGCCCACGUCAGCUUGUUCCGCGACUGUCCCGAGGACUACUCCAGCCGCUGCCAGACCUUCCUGGAAAACUGCAUGUCUCGUUUUGAGGGGCCCCUACAAAAGAAACGUGUCCAAGUUCAGCACUGAGACCUUAAAUAUUUAGUCAUAUGAGACCAGUCACAUGUCCAUCCCUGCAUAUCUUUGUGAAAACUACUGACUAACAGGCUUACAAAGGGGCCCUUUUUUAUAAAUCCCUGUAAGAUAACACCAACUUCUAAUGUAUUAGAAUCUGUAUUUGUCUUGUACUGUGAACUGAAAACUGAGAGUACUGAAUUGACAUUGUUUAUUGUAAUUGAUCUGUUAAUGUAUUUGACUUAACGUGCCUUCCUGAAAUAAAGACUAGUUCUGUUUGAUUAAACACCAA